AUGCCUGCUCCUCAAGCCACACUUAUCACGGACGACAAUCUGCUUUACAUUGUCAAUCAUGUAUUUUUGCCCCCAAAGCUACCACAAGAAAGCGACCAGAACCAGGGACACGAGCUGUCGCUAUGCAGAUUGCUCGUGGACUCUGCAAACGAAUAUCAGCGAGGCCUAUUUGUAGACAGGCGCCAGGAGUGGUUACCCAUUGUCCGGAUGUUUCAAAAAAUUUUGGAAUCUACAGAUGUUUUCAGCGAAACCCAGCUGAAACGGUCUAUUGGUGGGAUGCAGCGCGGAGGUCAGGAAUUUCGUCUGUUUCUUGAGCGUAAUCUGAUCUCGAAACCUGUCUCAGAUGUGCUAGUGCAUCACAUUCGUGCGCAAAAUGCAGCUUUUGUACUUCAGAAGCUCGAACACCGAACCAUAUUUGAAGUUUUUGAGGCUUCACCAUCCAAUGCAGCGAUCAUGGAGUCAACGGGGAAGCUCAUAUGCUUUUUUCUGGGACCAGCUAGUGGAGUCGAUGACGCCACCGUCAGUGAGAAGGAUUUUCUUGAACAAUUCGCAUCGUGCCUGGUCCACAUGAACGUCGACCUACUGGAUUCGGUGAUAACUACGAGAAAGGCCGUCUCGGAAGUAUCUAAGGAACGAGAUACCGUUCACCCGCGGUAUAUUUCCCAGCUCCUCAUUGGCAUCCUUCGAGGCAUGGGUACCAUCGCAAACGUGCGCCGCAUCACCAAGAGGAUCGCCGAUGAUGUGUUAUGGAAGGACGCGUUCAUUACAUGGCGUCGAUCGCCCUUAUGGCUCAUCAUUCGCGUCUAUCUAGACAUCACUCACUCAGUUGGAGGACUUUGUGCGAGAAAACAGUUCCCUAGCGACCUCAUUUUCUGUGCGCGAGCCAAGAUGACGAGACGCGUCUACAAGCUUGGUGACAGGACACCGGGUUCUGUUCUGCAAAAAGUCGAAAACGCUAUGAAGACGACGGAAGCGUCUCGCAUGAUCAUGAUAUUAACCAUACUUGAACUGUGGGUCGCGAUCGACACUCUUGUGCUUGUGCAAUGCUCUCUGCUGCGGGGAUAUUCUCCUGAAAUCCCCGUCACAUUCUUAGAGCUGCUUCUCCUUCGUCGAGGGACAUCCCUCCAGCGUGUCAUACGGAUUGAACAAUAUCUGCGUCACCGUCAUCCCAAUACUUCAUCCCACAUCUCCAUCUUUUCUGAUACACUUGACGCUACGUCAUUCUGUAUCCGAUACUUUUACGACUCGACCCACCUUCAAGAUCUCCAGACAGAAAUAAGGGCGAAGGCAUCUGAGGAGCGCGAGAAGAAAUGCGAGGAGCUCCGGACCAAGAACGCUUCCUACCAGGAACUCAUGGACCAAGCCUCCUCGAUGGAUUACAAGCUUGACGCGAGCUUGCAGAGUAAACGACGCAUGGUGAAUAGCUGUAAGAGAACGCAGCUGGAGAAACGGGCUAAUCGCAUGCGAAUUGACGUUCAUGAGUGGCCCCUGCCUGCUGAUGAGCUUUCGGCAAAGGCUGUUGUUUUCGAAUUACAUUGUCCCUCCUCAUUCGCGAUCUGGAGAGACUGCACAUACAAGAUUAUCCGUGAUAUCAGCAUGUCCGAGAAAUCUGCCCUUAGCGCGAAACCUCAUGUGGUUCUAACUAAGGAUGCUACGCUUGCCAAGCUCGCCAAACCUACGGAGUGGCGCAUCAUGUUUGGAUCGUCCACCGAAUCAUUUGCUCAAUCCUAUUACCGUCGAAAACGCAUUUCUGCCACCAAGGAAGAUAUCUGUGUCAGCAGCGGUCUUCGCUACCAGCUUUAUGAUAGGCUCCAUGAUGCAUGGGCAACGUUUGGCAUUACGAUAGAAUUUGAGGCCCACCGCUGUACACUUAGCCUAGCCAAGGGGCCAUACGAGUAUCUUUAUCAAUCUGAAUGCCCACCAGAGCUCAGUCUCCAUGAACACAUCGCGUUCGCAGGCCUGCGCAUUGGGCCGCGACUCCAGUGGCUGAAUAUUGUUCGCGCGCUAUCCACCACGUCCCUCACAUUCAAGUGCGAAGAAGUCCAUUCGCUCAUCAUGCAGGCCGCAUGGCAAAUCGGACCUUUGUCUGAGGAUGGCAUGCUGCUAUUCCUUGCCGGCCGUCUCAUUGCCUCUGCCAGCGAUAGGAGCCUCAUGCUAACCGCCUUUGAUCUUCUACGAUUUGCUCGGGAUGUAACUUUUCGGUGGAUGCACGAGCUGAUCGACAAACUACAGAGCAACGACAAAGCCGAUCAAGUCCAUAACCUCCAGACACGUAUUUACAAUGUGGCCGCGACCUGUCGAGCUACAUAUGACGUGGACCCCGCACACCUCCCGUUUCUUUUCUCAUCCAUAGACGACACCGCUGUCCUGGCAGGGUGUGCUAUUCUGCAUAGCCACCUUCCUGCCUCCGUACAGAAUGAGCCAUCUAGCUUCAAGAAGCUCCUCAUCCGCGAUCAGCAUCUAUCCCAAUUCUUAGAGGUCUUUUUGUGGGAGAGGAUUGUGCAAGAUCGACAAGGGCUAGAUAAAGCUAUCUCUUCCAUUUGGCCCGUGUACAUGCCAACGUCUCAAAAAUGGAAGCGACUGCCCGGACAUAAUUCUCGUUGGAUCACGACUAUUUCCGCAGCAUCAAACACGCGGAAGCAAAGAGUGCAUUUCAAUCUUCUCGACCGUGCGUUCCUUGUCGAUGGUCAGCCAUUGGGACGUCUCCCUCGUUCCAUUAUCGAAAGUCCCGCGUAUGCAUGCAUUUUUGGUGAAAAGGUGUUUGAUGUCGUUCCAGCAGAUAUGUCAAGUAUGACUUUUGCAACUCGUAUCCCAAUAUCUGGACACCAAGUAUUGUUUGCUCUUGUUGACGUUCAUGGCGAGUCUUUUGCCAUGGUCGCUCGUCGAUUCCAACCAUUGGAGUAUGCACAAUUCCUCACUGUCGUCUACGACCCCGAAACGCGUCAGAUAUUCCCCCAUCUCCCCCGAUUUAGACUUUUGUUCUCGGUGACCAACGAGAGAGAGCUUGCAUCACAGAACUUGCUUGGCAUGGUUGUCGACCAGGACCAGUCUUCCGGUACCGUGUUCGGGCUCCGCAACCAGUUAGUCCUUCGUGCCAAAGCCUCGAUUGCAAUGGAACACGAUGGCACACGUCAUGUCCCUAUCCCUCAUGGCCGUAUAGAUUUUGGUUUAGAAGGAGAUCAUGUCAACGUCACAAUUAAUACGUUAUCCCGGGAUCAAGUCUCUUACUACAAUUACAAGAUCAACACCGACCUCGGCUAUCUCACCACCAACGUUAGCCUCAGAAGCAAACAUUAUAAAAGUUUGCUGCAUGCCCUUUGUAGCCACUGUCUCCCUGAUCCGCUGACUCGACGAACUGGUACAGAAGAAGCCUUGCAGGAGCUCCGAUCUGCGAGUUGUCUAUCAUUUCAAAGCCUCACCACGGACGAGACAGAAUUUUUGUAUCAAAUCGCCGCUUUGACACCAACUAAACAAUUCUACCCAAGGCACCUUCGUGUAAUGCAGACCAUCGAGCGGUCGAAGCUGUCGCCUCUGUCGCAGCACAAUGACUUCUAUCCUGCUGUGCACCUGAUACUGGCCUAUGCGCGUAAUCUGGGAAUAUAUGGAACCAUGCCUAGCGAUAUGGACCCAUCUGACCCCUAG